AUGGAUAGAGACAUGUCUAUUUUUGGACUUGGUAUCACUGAUAGUUCUGAAAGCGACGAUGAGAGGCCGAUGGAGGAGAGGUCCAGACCGGUUCAUAGAUUCCUUCGUGGAGCGAAGACCAUCGGGUUGCAACCAAGAACCCAAGCAGCCCUGCAAAUAUCCACCAGCAGAGACAGCUCAUGUAGCGACGAUGAGACUGAGAGGGCAGAUGAGUCUCUCGCUGCAUAUAUGCGCAGAGCCCAGGAGCUAGAGCAGCUAGAGUUAGAGGCAACCGUGAACAUUCGUGAAGAAGAUCUACCGCAAAGAGCAAUAGACGGAUAUCAUCCAUCCAAUCCGUUGAGAACAACGCACGCACCACAACCGCCAGCUCGCUCACAAUCACGCCCAAAAACUAGCUUCCCUAAGCAAAGACAAGUAGUACAAGCACAACAGCUAGAGAAGCUAGAGUUAGAGGCAACAGUGAACAUUGGUGAAGAAGAUCAACUGCAAAGAGCAACAGACGGAUAUCAUCAAUCUAAUCUGCUGAGAACAACGCGCGCACCACAACCGCCAGCUCGUUCACAAUCACGCCCAAAAACUAGCUUCCCUAAGCAAAGACAAGUAGUACAAGCACAACGGCUAGAGCAGCUAGAGUUAGAGGCAACCGUGAACAUUGGUGAAGAAGAUCAACUGCAAAGAGCAAUAGAUGGAAAUUACGCAUCCAAUCCGUUGAGAACAACGCACGCACCACAACCGCCAGCUCGCUCACAAUCAAGGCCAAAAUCUAGCUUCCCUAGGCAAAGACAAGAACAAAUAGGAGAGAGCGACAGUGAAAACGAGGCUGUGCUCGAGCCAUCUCCACCCAAACGGAAAUCCGUUAGAAGGGGUGUGGAGAGAGCCUCUGCUCGAAGGCGUGCAGCAGUAGCACUAGCUAAUGUUCAUUUGGCUAGUGAUAGUAGUGACGAUGAAGUGCAACCGCAUCCACCAACCGCUCAAAAGAAAAGAGAUGCACGGCGAGGAAGCGCAUCCAGAGUAAGCAGAAAGGGUGCUGAUUCACAAGAGGCCCCAGACAGGAGAAAUGUUGUGCCUAUACCACCUCCAAUGAAGAAGAAGCCUGUUCAAACAGCUGAAGAGAGGGAGAAAGUCAAACAAGACUACCAGUUUGCCAAAGCAGAAAGAGCAUUUCAACUAAGAAAACUCAGGAAUGCCGUCUUCAGUAAAGAGAGGGAAAAAAGAAAGGCCAGUAGUGAAAGAUCAGAGAAUGACCGAAGGCCACUAACUCGUGCAAAACAAGACAAGCCUUUGUUGAGAGUGGCAGAAGAGGAGAAGGCAAUAACAAAGCCACCUGAAUGCAUGUUUCCGAAGAUAAAUGCAAGGACUGUGAAAAUAGCAAUAGACGGGUAUUAUCCAUCUAACCCGUUGAGAACAUCACAUGCACCACAACCGCCAGCUCGCCCUCAAAUACGGCCAAAGUCUAGCUUCCCUAGGCAAAGACAAGGACAGGCAAAAGAUCCAGAACCUGCACCAUCAGCAGCACCAGCCGAAGAAUCAGUUGCUCAUGUUCCGCGUCCUCCUAGCCGCCCUCGACUUACCACACAGAUGGGCGCCAGGCAUGCCACAAAGCAAAAAAUCUCCAUAGAGAAGAUGGUUGAACAGCUGAAUAAGCCAUCAGUUCCAAACACUGGACUGCUCCCUAAUCUGCCUAAUCUCAUGGUGCCACACCCGCCUACUGCACCAAAAAAGCCAGUUGCUCCUUUGAAGAGAGAACCAAGUGAAGUCUCCCUCAUAAGCCCAGAUUCCAGCCUGGUUUAUGAGAGUUCCUCGGAUAAUUCCGAGGAAUGAGACGUCUUCUCCACAAACGAAAAUGUCCUGGCUCCCGGCCCACCCGGGUGACUUGGCAAUUCCAUCUGCCUCGACACGUCAUCUUGCCAUUUUCCAAAUUGCUUGGCAGGAGGUGGCAUCGGGGUGGGUCGGUUGAGCAGCCCAUCAGUAUGUGAGGCGUAUUUAACAUUUCUUGCGCCAUGACAUGCUCGUGUACAGUUUUGUUCACCGAGGGCUCAGGAAUCUGGCCUUGACACACGCGAUUACAAUCGGAACUCUCCACAUAUGGACCAGCAGUAACAUGAACUGUCUUUGCAAUAACGAUCAAAGAUCAACGCAACCACCUCCACUUGAACUGUACCUGCAACAUGCAUCGUGAUACAAGCCGUCAAAAUCAAAUGAACCAGCUCGACUUGAACUCUGAAGAGCUCAUCACAGCAUCACCUAAAACAGCUCCACUUGAACUGUCCAUGGGAUUCCAAUCAGAGCUCACACAAACAUCAGAUGACAGCUCCACCAUGACAGUACUUGUGAUUGUGAACGGAGGUCAUCAAAAAACCAAAUGAUCGAAUCACCUCCACUUGAACUGUAGAGCGGUUACAAUCAAA